AUGAAGAGGAGCAGGAUGUGCUGGUGGCUCGUCACCAUCCUGGGGGUGCUGAGCAGAGCCAGCAUGGGGGCCGGGAGCUGCGGUCCCCAGGAGCAUGGGACACCGGGAUGCCUGCCCGGAGAGGAGCCCACCGGGGUAAGCAUGGGGACGUGCCGACCUUGUCCCCCCGGCACCUUCUCACCUGGGGACCGGCGGGAUGCUGCAACCCCCCGCCCUGGUGCUGCUCGUGGGCCCUAUCCUGACCUGACCCUCCCACCCUGCAGGUUUUACAGCCCUGAAGGGGAGAGGGAGCCCCGGGGCCGGUGCCUGCCCUGCGCUGCCGCCCCCCGCAGCACCCCGGGGUGCCAAGGCCGGCGCCGAGCCCGCAGCCCUGAAACACCGGGCCGGCCAGCAGGGACCAACGGGACGCGGGUGACCCUGAUGGGGGAGGAAGAGGAAGAUGAGGCGGCGGCGGCGCAGGCGGCCGUGCUGACCAUUGUCCCGGUCUUCUGCGCCAUGGGGUUGUUGGGCAUCCUGGUGUGCAACCUGCUGAAGAAGAAGGGUUACCACUGCACCGCCAGCAAGGCCCCCCAGCCCGCCGGCACCGCAAUCCCCCCGGGCUGUGCCCCCCCAAAUAAGCUGCACCUCCUGCCUCAGUUUCCCCCCGCCUGCCGGCACCAGCAGCACCUCCACACGGUGCAGGGUCCGGCCCCGUGCACCCGCUGCAGCCAGAAGAAGUGGCCUGAGAAGCUGCCAUCGCUCAGUGCCACCAAGGUCCCCAAACCUGGGGGUCGCCCCGGUGAGGUCACCAUCCUCUCCAUUGGCAGGUAA